GACCGUCACACGUGUUACUCUGCCGAAGAGUUACUUCGCGUGCGACUUCUCUUUCUAGCAUGGCGCAACCUAUUUUGUCUGCUGAUCAGGUUCAGAAAGGAGUGGAUGCUUUACUUCAAGUGAUUAAAAAGGAAAAAACUUUACUUGAGGAAUAUGAUCCUAUUUUUUUGGUAUUUUGUGUGAAGAAGAUUCCAAAAAGACACAGCACCACAUUGAAGUUAAAACUACCCCAUGGGCUUAACAAUCCGAACAGAGAAGUGUGCUUGUUUGUGAAGGACCUUGAACGCAGAGAUCGAGAAUAUGAAAAAACAGUGCAGCACUUUAAGGACUUUCUUAAAUCCAGGGACAUCAAUGUGUCUGCGAUAGUUCCAUUAAAAGCCUUGAAGCUGGAAUAUAAAAGUUUUGAAGCAAAGAGAAAUCUUGCCAACAUGUACGACCUUUUUCUUGCUGAUGCACGAAUUAUUCGUCUACUGCCACCCUACUUGGGAAAGGCAUUUUAUGGAAGGAAAAGGCAACCAGUUCAAGUACGGUUGGAUGCAAAUGAUUUAAAGGCUGAAUUUGAUUCAGCCAUCAGCAAUAGCAGGUGCCUUUUGCAUGGACGUGGAUCUGCUGGAACGGCAACUGUGGCAAACAGAGGAAUGUCUGCAGAAGAAAUAACACAGAAUAUCCUGGCUUCAGCUGAACAACUGGCUGCAGUCCUGCCAGGUGGAGUUAGUAAUGUGCGCAGCAUGCAUAUCAAGACACGAGAUUCACUGGCGAUACCUAUUUAUCUUUCACUAGACUCCCCCAAUGAUGUGACACUUGAAGAGCAGGCAGAACAAAAAGAGCUCGUAGAAGCAGAAGAAGUGACCACAGUACAAGGGGCUUUGGUCAAGGCAUACCCGUCGGGUUAUGUGGAGUUGUUGGAUGAGACUACCAAAGUGCCUUUGUAUUCUAAUCAUCAGAAGAAACAUGCUGGAAGAAGGGCGUGGAAGUGGGGAAAGGAAUCUCAGAAAAAAAGGAAAAACUAUGAGAAUAAAGGGGCUAAGAGACAAGAAAAAAUGAAAAAGAUAAUAAAAAGGAAAGCAACAAAAAAGCAGUAAGGUUUUAUGUAAAUGUUGUUACAUAUUUGUAAAUGUUUUGCCGUGAAUUAUUUACUGGACACCGUACUGAGCUAUUGCUUCUGUAUCUCAAUCAUACAGUUACCAGCAAUGCAGUGUAUGAUUGCUGAUGGUAACGUGGUUACCAUGUAGUGAUGUUCAUGUCUGUUUUUAUAUUACAUGACCAAAUUGGGAAGUGUUAUUGCAUUGUAAACAUUUUGGAUGAAAUAAAACUGGUGUUAACUUU